AUGAGUAACACACAAUUCACAGACCGGGCGAACAAGGCCCUUCUCGACGCAAAUACUCUCGCCGAACAAUAUGCACAUACCCAGAUCCUCCCGCUACAUCUUGCCGUGUCCCUUUUGAAUCCUCCAGCUGGUGGCGUGGAUGAUGAGGGACAACCUGCUGGGGUUGCCGGAGAUUCAAGCACAGUACCCCUCUUCAAGCAGGUAGUUGAACGCGCACAUGGAGAUCCUCAGCUGUUAGAAAGGUCUUUGAUGAAGCUUCUUGUUCGUCAACCAAGCCAAGAUCCUCCCCCAGAACGAGUCGCUGUUUCUCCCGCCCUCGCCAAAGUCAUCCGAUCAGCCACCGAUCUGUCCAAAACUCAAAAAGAUAGUUUCGUCGCUAUUGACCAUCUGAUCGUUUCCGUCGCCCAAGAUGGUCAAGUUCAGAAAGCUCUCGCUGACGCCAACAUCCCCAAUGUCAAGCUCAUCGACAAUGCUGUCUCACAGAUUCGUGGAACCAAGCGGGUCGACUCGAAGACCGCUGAUGCUGAGGAGGAGCACGAAAACCUGAAGAAGUUCACAAUCGAUAUGACAGCACUAGCUCGGGAAGGAAAGAUCGAUCCCGUGAUUGGACGAGAGGAAGAAAUCCGACGAGUCAUCCGCAUUCUCACUCGGCGCACCAAGAACAACCCUGUUCUCAUCGGUGAGCCUGGUGUUGGUAAGACUACUGUUGUCGAAGGACUUGCUCGCCGAAUCGUUAACGCCGAUGUCCCUGCAAAUCUCGCCCACUGCAAGCUUUUGUCUCUGGAUGUCGGUUCUUUGGUCGCUGGCAGCAAGUACCGCGGUGAAUUUGAAGAGCGAAUGAAGGGUGUGCUUAAGGAAAUCGAAGAGGCUCGUGAAACCAUUGUUCUUUUUGUUGACGAAAUCCAUCUUUUGAUGGGUGCCGGAUCAAGCGGUGAAGGUGGCAUGGACGCAGCCAACUUGCUCAAACCCAUGUUGGCUCGUGGCCAACUCCACUGUAUUGGUGCCACCACCCUUGGAGAAUACCGCAAGUACAUUGAAAAGGACCAGGCUUUCGAACGACGAUUCCAGCAAGUCUUGGUCAAGGAACCAUCCGUCCCAGAGACCAUUUCAAUCCUCCGUGGUCUCAAGGAACGAUACGAAGUCCACCAUGGCGUUAAUAUUCUCGACGGAGCUAUUGUAUCAGCGGCAACACUUGCAGCUCGAUACCUCACAGCCCGUCGACUCCCGGAUUCUGCCGUUGACUUGAUCGACGAAGCUGCAGCUGCGGUUCGUGUCACCCGUGAAUCAGAACCCGAGGCCCUCGACAACUUAGAGCGACGACUGCGUCAGCUCCAGAUCGAAAUUCAUGCCCUAGAGCGCGAACAAGAUGCUGCCUCAAAGGCUCGUCUUGAACUUGCCAAACAGGAAGCUGCCAAUGUCGCUGAGGAACUACGGCCUCUACGUGAAAAGUACGAACAAGAGAAGAGGCGAAGCAAGGAGAUCCAAGACGCAAAGAUGAAGCUCGACUCUUUGAAAGUCAAGCGAGACGAGUCUAUGCGCUCUGGAGAUACUGCCACAGCUGCCGAUCUCGAAUACUACGCUAUACCAGAAACUCAGGCUCUGAUUUCGCGACUCGAAGCUGAACGAGCCAAAGCUGAUGCCGAGCUUUUUGCUCGAACUGGAAAUGAGGGAGAAACAGCGCUCAUGCCUGAUGCCGUUGGUCCAGACCAAAUCAACGAAAUCGUCGCCCGCUGGACUGGUAUUCCCGUCACCCGACUCAAGACCACCGAGAAGGACAAGUUGCUGCAAAUGGAGAAGCAUUUGGCCAAAAUCGUUGUUGGUCAGAAAGAAGCUGUUCAAUCAGUCUCCAACGCAAUUCGUCUGCAGCGUUCUGGUCUUGCCAACCCCAACCAGCCUCCUAGCUUCCUCUUCUGCGGUCCCUCUGGUACUGGUAAGACACUGCUGACCAAGGCGCUGGCCGAAUUUCUUUUCGAUGAUCCUAAGGCUAUGAUCCGGUUCGAUAUGUCAGAAUACCAGGAGCGUCAUUCUCUCAGCCGAAUGAUUGGUGCUCCUCCCGGCUACGUAGGUCACGAUGCUGGUGGUCAGCUUACUGAGAACCUUCGCCGUCGACCAUUCUCGAUUCUUUUGUUCGACGAAGUCGAGAAAGCCGCAAAGGAAGUCUUGACAGUCUUGCUUCAGCUCAUGGAUGACGGACGUAUCACAGACGGGCAAGGUCGCAUUGUUGACGCCAAGAAUUGUAUCGUCGUCAUGACCUCGAACCUCGGUGCAGAGUUCCUAGCCCGCCCAGCAGCCAAAGAUGGCCGAAUCGAACCAUCCACUCGCGAGCUUGUUAUGGGCGCUCUUCGCGACUAUUUCCUGCCCGAAUUCCUCAACCGUAUCUCUAGCGUCGUCAUCUUUAACCGCCUCACCAAACGCGAGAUUCGCUCCAUCGUUGACAUUCGCCUUAAUGAAAUCCAGCGUCGUCUUGAACUCAACGGCAAAGACAUCAAGAUCGAAUGCACCGAAGAAGUCAAGGACUACCUCGGCGAUGCUGGAUACUCACCUGCCUACGGCGCUCGUCCCUUGUCUCGCCUGAUUGAACGCGAGGUCCUCAACCGUCUCGCUGUAUUGAUCUUACGCGGCAGUAUCAAAGACGGCGAAAUCGCUCAAGUGGUCAUGAAGGAUGGUCGUAUAGACGUCCUACCAAAUCAUACUGACAGCGACGUCGACGACGCGGAUAUGGUUGACUCGGAUGAUGCAUUGGCCGAAAUUGAGGAGAACAGUGGUGACAUGGAUCUUUACGAAUAG